AGGGAAUGCAGGACGCUUGAAAAACGUGGAUUCACUGGAUCAUUUUUACAGAAAAUCUUGCAAAUGUGGCAAGAGAGUUGAUCAUCGGCAAGUGGCCUUCGUUAAAGUGGAAAAAAUGAACUGGAAAAAAAUACGCUUGCUUACAAAUUAAUUUAAUCGAGUCAUGGAUGUCUCGGUAAAUAAGCAAAAAAGAAUGUCGAGGAAAUGUCACGAAAAAAGCAAAUGACUUCAAAGUUGCGGAGGUAAAUUACCUAUCUCAGGUUACACAACUUCAAAAUCAAAACCGGAUAUUUCUGUCAGGUUUUUAGAGGGUGUGAACAGCACAACAAAUGUAUCGUUUGAACAAACAUGGGCAAUUCAAGCACAACAACUCAUCGAAAAUCAAAGCAGAGUCUGAAAAAAAGUCAGAUACGUGGAUCAGAUAAAGGUCCAAGACCCGAUAUUUACGUAACAGUGUCAGAUGCAUCAAGUUCGCAGAAAACAACAAGUCGUGAAGUGAAGAGUCCCGGGGCAUCUGAAGGAUCAAUUCGUAAUCAGACAGAUAAAUAUCCAUCGGACUCCAGAAGCAACACUCCAAAGAACAACCGCGAGAACACUGUCGAUGUUUUGAUGACAAGCUCACCACAGAUUCGUCGCAGCUUAGCGCAAAGAAAUUCUAUCAAUCUUUCUGGCAGAUGUAAAGACAUCGACUCUCGUGCUGAUGACGAGACAUCGGCCGUGACGCUGGAGCCGCUGGAACACGAGUGGAUGAUGUGCGCAUCUGACGGACAGUGGGAGAGUCUCUACCGGCUGCUCGUCAGCGAUCCCACACUCAUAAACAGAAAAGAUUUCGUUACUGGUUUCACCUGUCUGCACUGGGCUGCAAAGGUCGGGAAACAUGAACUCAUUGUAAUGCUUGUCAACUUUGCCAAAGAACACAAAGUGGCCAUAAACGUUAAUGCGCGUUCCAGCGCAGGUUACACGCCUCUGCAUUUGGCGGCGAUGCACAAUCAUAUCGAGGUGGUGAAAUUAUUAGUCGGAGCGUUUGACGCCGAUGUAGAGGCUCGAGAUUUCAAUGGGAAAAAAGCGUGUCAGUACCUGAAAAGCGACCUUGCGCAAAACAUUCUCGACAUUGUGGGUGCGUGUGGUGUUGACAGUGACGCAGAAAACGCGAACACUGAAGACGCGAGUCGCUGGAGACUGUCAAGAAUUAUUCAGGCCAAUUUCAGACCACUUAAACCACCAAACCACAGCGAAGAGGACGCGCGUGAAAGUGGCGCGUUGACUAAGCAAAAACCUCUCCGCAGGAAAUCUUCCUUUACUAAAAUGAAACCGAGUCUUCACAGAAUCCGGACGCGGACGCAGAUAGUUCACAGCACUUCUAUCGUGGAUAGAUUUGACAAAGAAGAGAUUUCGAAUCCAUUAAGACCCAAAUCAAAUCUCUUUGGUUGACACUGAAGAACUGAAACAAUGCGCUGGAUAUCUGCAGUAUUAUCUAUAUUGUAAAUAGAAGCGAUUUGGAUUUAUACAGUGUUGGAAAUGGGCGAGAUUCCCUGGUGGAUUAUAGUUAUGGACGUAUAGAUGCACUACAUUCUGCGACAUUUCUGGAUAAUCUGGACACCAUUUAGAAAUCCUCUUCAUUUUGGACGGAAUGGAUAUUUAUUUGGGCUCUAUAUUCUUCUAAACAUUAUUUUUCCAGGUUCUUCACUUUGAGUUGUACCUUUCAUAAACUCUUUAAUGCCUGCAUAUUACUGAUUAUUUUUAUGCUGAAAUUUAGGUUACAUUUGGGAUUAUGGAUGGUUUUAGCAACUCACAAAAAAAAAGAAAAACAAUAAAGCAAUCCAUCAAAAGGUUGCAAUAUAAAAACGGACAAUGGUGCCAUUCUGUAGUAGUACUGUAUAUAGUAAUUACUAACAUUUAUUCUAUAGUGUUCUGUAGUAUUCACUAUAAUGCACUCAUAUUCUGUACUGUAGUAAAUACAGUAGUAUACUUUAAUGUUUUACUAUGAUAGUGUUCAAAAAUAAUAUAACAUCUACAGCAGGAUUUCUAAUACAGUAUACUAUCGAAACUACUAAAGUAUAGGCCUACUACAUGAUUUUGAAUGUGGAAAGUUUCAACAAUUGCUAGAUCACCUGUUGGAUCUAAUGUUAGGGAAUUGCUGUUUUUUUUAGUAAAGAAUUAGUAUUCAACAUUUUCAUGUGAAGUGUUCUCUGAAGAGAUGGGUUUUUAGCCAUUAACAGCCCUAGAGGAUUGUAUGGGAUGCAGCUGAUUGGCCAGAGUUUGAAAAAAAAUUGAAAGCACUUUAGAAAUAAAAUUCAACUGAAUAAAAUUAUUUGAUGAAAUGAA